AUGGCAAACAACUUCUUUUUGAAUGGAGAGGUUCUUUAUAAGAGGACACCCAAUCUGGGAUUACUGAGAUGUAUGGAUGCUGCUGAAGCCAAAAAAUUGCAUGAAGAAGUACAUGGAAAUCUGAUCAAAGUACCACCUCACGAGCUCAAUGCGAUGAGUUCCCCUUGGCCAUUUGUAGCCUGGGGCAUUGAUGUUAUUGGACCGAUUGAGCCUGCUGCCUCCAAUGGUCAUAGGUUCAUUUUGGUCGCCAUUGAUUACUUCACAAAGUGGGUCGAAGCUGCUUCCUACAAAGCUGUGACAAAGAAAGUUGUGGCCGAUUUUGUUCGCAACAAUUUGAUAUGUCGUUUUGGAGUUCCAAAGUCUAUCAUCACAGACAAUGGAGUAAAUCUGAAUAGUCAUUUGAUGAAAGAGAUAGGUGAACAAUUCGAAAUUACCCACCGUAAUUCAACUGCAUAUCGUUCUCAGAUGAAUGGAGCUAUGGAAGCUGCUAAUAAAAACAUCAAGAGGAUAUUGAGAAAGAUGAUUGACAACUACAAAUGUUGGCAUGAAAAUUUGCAUUAUUCUUUGCUAAGUUAUCGCACCACAAUCCGAACCUCAACUGGAGCAACUCCUUACCUAUUGGUAUACAGAACAGAAGCAGUGAUACCAGUUGAAGUUGAGAUACCAUCUUUAAGGAUUAUUCAGGAAGCUGGAUUGAGCGAUGCCGAAUGGGUUUGUGACCGAUAUGAGCAAUUGGCAUUGAUUGAUGAGAAAAGAAUGAGUGUUGUUUGUCAUGGACAGUUGUAUCAACAGAGAAUGACUCGCGCUUUCAACAAGAAAGUAAGAGUUCGAACAUUUGAGGUAGGUCAAUUGGUGUUGAAACGCAUUUUCCCUCAUCAAGAGGAAUAUAAAGGGAAAUUUGCACCUAACUGGCAAGGACCGUAUGUCAUCCACAAAGUACUAUCAAGAGGAGCUUUGGUUCUAGCAGAGAUGGACGGUUAG